AUGAUGGGGAGGCGACAACGCCUCAUCAGCAAGUCGAUCUUGCACGCGAUCUUCAGCCCGAAGAAAGCAUACGGCACAGAUGAUCGCCCAAGCUUGCUUGCGCGCAUUCUCGCAUUCUUCGCUGUGUUCAAUCUUACUCUAGCACGAUACCGAGCAGCCCUUUUCAGGAACUUGCGAAACGAAAUAUGGGGAAUCGAAGAGGAAGAGUACAAGGAAUCAUUUCGAUCUCCAAGCCACAACAAGAGGACCGACCUCAUUGCCGUAGGCGAUCUGGGCUAUUCAGGCUCGACCUUCUUCACGACACCAAAUUCCAAAUUCCUGCUUAAAUCACUUCCUCGCCAUUUCGAGCAAUCCUUCUUCCGCAACCGCCUUCUAGAUCCCUACGUCGAGCACAUGGAGCUGAACCCAGGCUCUCUUCUCGUCCGCAUCACUGACCUCUUAUACUCGCCCACACCGACUAUUGGCGCUGCUCUGGGUACCGCGCCUGGUCAUCACAUCGUCAUGGAGAACAUUCUGUACGGCAAAUCCAGUUGCGCCAAAGACGAUCAAGAACAAUGGGAGACGUAUGAUCUGAAGCCGAACGAUUACUUCUACCCCGAGCGCGAUGUAGCUGGCGGAAGACUCGCGCCCGAAAGUGUGAAAGAGCGCCUGAUCGACGAAUUCCCGGACAAGAUUCGGCUUACGAUCGAGGAGAAAGAGGACCUUGUCGCACAGAUAACAAGGGACACGAAGAUAUUGCAAAACGAAAAUGCUGUUGACUACAGCUUGUUUCUUGUCCGAUAUCCGGCCUCCCUAGCUUCCGCAGAGAACGACACAGUUCCCGUUCCGCCGGGGAAAGGCUCCCCAUGGCGCAUAGGGCUCCCCUCACGGGAUGGCAAAUGGGUGUAUCGGGCUGUUCUCCUGGACUUUUUCUGGGCUAAAGAUGCGCUUCAAGCGAAGGCCAUGACUGGCUUGGUCAAUACUUUCAAUUCCCUGAAAUGGGGCAAGGACCAUGGGCCGAUGAGCAUCACUACUUCGAGUGAGGAGUACCGCGCGAGGUUCUUACGCAUGGUCGAUGAUAUGAUAGAGGUGCCAGACAGCUCUGGACAGCCAGCGGGUCAGCUGCGGACCCCCCAAGCAAGCACUGGCGACCUAAUUGGCGAGGUUUAA